AUGCACAUAAAUACAGCUUCAUAUCCAUAAUCAAGCAAGUUUUGUAGUCAAAUGAAGUUCUGCCUGAAUUAAGCAGUGCUUUUCUAAGCAUCAAAUAGCCCAGACUGCUAGUGAAAUGACGGCAACCGCUCGAGAAUUGGGGCAUCUUUGGCCAAUUGGAAUUAUUCUGGUCUGUGCUGCGCUUGUUGCAAGUCAGGAAUCGUACUCUUCUCCCAAGUUGGUUCAAUUGGUGCCCACAAUAAGACAAGGAAAUUACGAGCUAGCCGCUAGUGAAGACAAAUACUAUCUGUGGCUAAAUUUACCUGAAGGUGGAAGUCGUGCGGAAAACGUCGAAUUGCUUACGAACGAGAACGGCAAGAAAGUGCUCACUGUCAAAGGAUCAUUGAACCUAGUCUACAGAGAUACACCACUCGAAGUGACUGUUAUAUAUGAGGCCGAUGGAAAUGGUUACAGAGCGAGAUAUAUGUACGCAUCAAAACAAACCGUACUAACAAAUGUGGCUUUUGCUAGUGCAAAUCUUUUAAAAUCCGCUGCUGGUUGAAAAGUGAAAGACGUAGAAAGAAUAUACCAAGUCAAUGAAUACUAUU